UGGCACUGGGGUCAGACAUUGGAUCGUUCUGGCUGGACAGCGGGCAUCGGGAUCACCAGGCAUCAGGUCAUUUGGCUCGACAGCGGGCACCGCGUCAUCUGGCAAGGCAGUGGGCUCCGAGUCAACUGGUAUGACCGCGGGCACUGGUCAACAGGCACGACAGUGGGCACCGGGUCAUCAGGUACCAGAUUGUCUGGCUCGACAGCGGGCAUCGGGUCACCAGGCAUUGGAUCGUCUGGCCUGGAUCAGUUCAUCAUGCUGGGUAGAGGCAUCAGGCUGAAUGCCGGCGUCCGGCUGAGUAGAGGCUUCAGGCUGAGUAGAGGCUUCAGGCUGAAUUAGAGGCAUCAGGCUGAGUAGAGGCUUAGGCCGAGUAGAGGCAUCAGGCUGAGU